CGAGUAUGUUGGACAGUUCAGUUCGAACGCAGCCGCGGUGCAGUUCGUAGCCGCGUGUGCUCUUCGGUGGAUUAUUCACGAUCAAGAUUUCCGUGUAGUUGGUCACAAAAUAAAUUUUUCCGGUGUGCGAAGGCAAUGUUGGGAGUUUCCCUUUGUGUGUUUGGGUCCUAACAAAGAACAGUUUACUUGAUCCUUCUUCAAGGUAUCUAUAUUGCACAGACGAUAGGUAAUGCAGGCCAUGAACCUUUCUUCAGCAUGACUCAGACGAAACAUGAAUAUUCAGUAGAUCGUUGAACGUGUCGUUGUUGCGGUGUUCCGGCAAGGAGCAGAAGAAAGAAAAAUCGCAGACAAAUAUAUUUAAUUCUGGCUCUUUCCGAGCGGAUUUUGGAAAGCAACCGGUAUCCCCCCAACAGGCACGCAUUCGGAUGAAAUGUGUGAUUCGGAUUUUUGUUUAUAAAUAUUUUGAACGUCUUCAACCCGCCGAGCAGGCUAUUCGUACCCCUGGAUUGAACAGAUUUGUUUUAAAAAGAAGCUGCCAACAGGAAAAAAAAGUGGUGUGAAAGAUUUUUCCCGCCCGGAUCCGGAGAGAAGUGUCGGCCACUUCUGUUGAGUACCACAGUGGCUAGCAGAUAAUGGGAGAGAGCGAUUUAUUAGUGAUUUUUCCGAAAUCAGAGGAAUUAUUCGAAUGCCCUUCUUCGAGUGUUUCAUAGUGAUUCCCAAAUCCAGCUGAUGGUCACAUAAGCGAAAAUCAUAAUACUCAUGUGAGCAGCAAAGUGGGCAGAAAGAACAAAAAUUCAGAAUAUUUAAACAAAAUUUAUCGUUAAAUUCUCGAAGAGUUGUGAUAUUGUAAACCUAGUAAAAAAUACUCAUCGCCAACAUGUUGAAUAGGUUUCGAGUGUGCAAAGAAAAGCCGUCGAAAUCGGAGAGCAUCUCUUCAACAGCAAGCGCCGUCAUACAGGAGGCGACGAAAGUAAACCGGAAAUUGAUACUCGACGGCACCCGAUGGGAGAGGCGUUUACAAAAAGAACUUAUGUCCCUUAUCAAAGAGCCUCCUCCAGGAGUGACGGUUGACGAGGAAAGCGUUAGUCAAAAUCUAACACAGUGGAUAAUUAACAUCGAUGGCGUCGAGGGUACGCUUUACGAAGGGGAACAUUUUCAACUAUUGUUUAAAUUCAACAAUAAAUACCCUUUCGAUUCGCCAGAGGUGACGUUCAUAGGUUCAAAUAUUCCUGUGCACCCGCACGUCUAUUCCAACGGUCACAUUUGCCUGUCAAUACUCACAGACGAUUGGUCUCCUGCGUUAUCAGUACAAUCAGUUUGUCUUAGCAUAUCUUCCAUGCUGAGCAGUUGUCGGGAAAAGCGGCGUCCUCCGGACAACGGAAUCUACGUGAAGACGUGCAAUAAAAACCCCAAGAAAACUAAAUGGUGGUAUCACGAUGAUUCCGUGUAGAGCGAAUCCCAGGAGUUCAUUUUGCCAGAGUAGAUCAGCAAAGUGGAUAUCCCACCAGUAGAGAGUUACAAGCAAGCAAACUAGCAAACAGUAAUGUAAACCCGCCAGUUGCAGCAAACGCAAAACCAUCACGAAACUGGAUAGAUAAACUAUUCCUAAAUUAAUUCGAUUAAUGUAGGUCUUUCAGAAAACAGCUGUGGAAGCUUCCUAUUUUCACUCUACAGGUCGUACGAAAUUUCUAUGAAUAGAGAGAAACCAUUUAACAAAUAAAAAAACAUAUUUCUUCCCGCGUUGAAAAUGUUAUGCAUUCAAAUAACAAUAAUCAAACCAAGCGUUUUGCCUAUUGCUCAACAAAAAGCCUCACAUUUCGUUUGUGUUAAGUCUAGCGGCUCAAGUCUUAUUUUCAAAAUUACACGAGAAAAGUUUCCAUCGGCUAUUUGAAUUUACGCUCCUGUGACAGAAAAGAACGAAUUAUAGUCAUCAUUAUUUUAUACUUUUACUUUUAGGUGUGUUUUUGUGAAACAAAACUUACAUUAUGUAAUUUAUUGUAUCUAGCUUAAGAAACCAUAACGUUUUAAACCUAAGUACGCUGAUGGACAACAACUCUGUUUAUAUUCGCUUUGAUUGGUAAUGCAUCAUAAAUAUAAAAAUUUAGUAGGAACACAGCACGUAGGUUCCUACCCGGCGUGAACCUAUAUCGGUACACGUGAAGUACCCAGUUUCGAAAAAUCAAAAGUUAAAUACACAUUCCUUGAAAUUAUUCACUUGUGAGAGAUAGUAAACUAAUACCAAUCGUUGCGCAUAUUAUGAAAAUUGUUGUUGGAGAACGAUUGAUAGAGAUUAUAUAGUGUGGUAAAUGGGAAAACAAAACUAGACAACCUAGACAGUCCAAAAUGUGUUCUUGGUCCGUGGCGGAAGUAAUUAGGCCUGAGGGAAAAGUUGGAAUAACUUUGCUUACUUCCUGAAACUUACUAUGUUGUAUUGUAUGGAUACACCAAAGCGAGAGCAUAUAAACAAUCGCCAUGUAUCGGUGUCGAACGCAAGUCCAGAUAAGAUCAGUUAUGAUCGAAAAAAUAUAUAUUCGGAAGAAAAAAAAACGAUGACAGUUAAAGCAUAGGAAUAGUUGCAAAGGAAUGAAGCAUUAUUAGAACAAAGAAACAAAAUCUGUGAGUAGUUGUUAUGGUAAUUUAAUGCGAAAAAAAUACCUUAAUAGAAGGCAUACUGUUUAUUACGACGCAAAUAUUAAGCAGUGACCCGAUUCACAAUGUAGGUAAAUGCAACACAGUAGAGCAAUUUAUGUACGGUUAGGCAACCACUUUCAAAUAUAAUUAAAUAUUUUUUUAUUAUUAAAUACAGCAAUAAUAAUUGUGAACAGGAAAAGCAUAAAAUUCAA